UUAAACUUCCCGGCAUGGAGGUGAAGAACUUUGCAGCUUGGGAUUAUGUCGUAUUUGCAGCCCUCUUUAUCAUUUCUUCUGGAAUCGGGGUGUUCUUUGCUAUUAAGGAGAGAAAGAAGGCAACUUCAAGGGAGUUCCUGGUUGGGGGGAGACAAAUGAGCUGUGGUCCCGUGGCGUUGUCUCUGACAGCCAGCUUCAUGUCAGCUGUCACUGUCCUGGGGGCCCCUUCUGAGGUCUACCGCUUUGGGGCCUCCUUCACACUCUUCUGCAUUGCGUAUACUUUUGUCAUCAUCUUCACAUCAGAGCUCUUUCUGCCUGUGUUCUACAGAUCUGGCAUCACCAGCACUUAUGAGUACUUACAACUGCGAUUCAACAAAGGAGUUCGCUAUGCUGCAACAGUCAUCUACAUUGUGCAGACGAUUCUCUAUACGGGAGUGGUGGUGUAUGCUCCUGCUCUGGCGCUCAAUCAAGUGACUGGGUUUGAUCUCUGGGGCUCUGUGUUUGCAACAGGAAUUGUUUGCACAUUCUACUGCACUCUGGGAGGAUUGAAAGCGGUGGUGUGGACAGAUGCAUUCCAGAUGGUGGUCAUGAUUGUGGGCUUCUUAACAGUCCUCAUUCAAGGAUCGGCUCAAACUGGUGGAUUUUACAAUGUAUUAGAGCUAUCAACAAAUGGAUCUCGACUACACAUAAUUGACUUUGAUGUCGAUCCUCUCAGGCGGCACACUUUUUGGACCAUCUCAGUGGGGGGAACUUUUACGUGGCUCGGGAUCUAUGGAGUUAAUCAGUCAACCAUCCAGCGAUGCAUUUCUUGCAAAACAGAGAAGCAUGCCAAGCUAGCCUUGUACUUCAACCUGGUGGGUCUCUGGAUUAUUCUGGUGUGUGCUGUCUUCUCUGGCUUGAUCAUGUACUCCUACUUCAAAGACUGCGACCCUUGGACUUCUGGCAUUAUCUCAGCGCCAGACCAGCUGAUGCCGUACUUUGUCAUGGAGAUAUUUGCCACGAUGCCUGGGCUACCAGGACUUUUUGUGGCUUGUGCCUUCAGUGGAACUCUGAGCACCGUGGCUGCCAGCAUCAAUGCCUUAGCAACAGUGACCUUUGAGGAUUUUGUCAAGAGCUGUUUUCCCCAUCUCUCCGACAAGCUGAGUACCUGGAUCAGUAAAGGCUUAUGUAUCUUAUUUGGUGUGAUGUGUACCUCCAUGGCUGUGGCUGCGUCCUUCAUGGGUAGCGUUGUGCAG